UUAAUGUAGUAUCUUUGACAAACGCUUUGGUUUGUCAUAUACAGGAAGUUAUCGAUGGAUGAUAAAAUUAAAUAGCCAGCUGUUGAUGGCCGUAGGGCGGUUGAACAUGUUGAGAAUGUUAUUAAGGCUAAUGGAGCGAAACAUUCAUCUACAGAAAACUUGUGUGUGAGGGGUGCAGCUUAUCAGCGAACUUGUGCUGAUAUUUCUAUGCAUAUACUAUUUCAAUAUUUUAUGAAGAGAGAAAACCACUUCCAACAAAAUGAAGACUGCAAAAAGAAUGGUGAAAGUGACAUCGUCGCGUCUGGUUAGAGGACGAAGAGCGAAGUUACUGGCAAUCAGAUCAUUGGAAAGUAAAGUAACAUGUGUCGAAAAGAGAAAAGUUGAGCCUCCUGUGAACAAAGAUGAUGUGCACAAUGUGACAAUUAAUGACUUACCAGAUGAGCUGCUUCUCAAUGUUAUGAAGUUCCUGUCAGUGGAGGAGCUGCUGAUAGCUCAAGAGGUAUGCCACCGCUGGGAGCAGCUGACUUAUGGACCAAGUGUUUGGUUGAACAAGAGUUUUGUUGUUUGGCAUGGGCGUCACGCUGUACCUUUGGCACGAGGUGACAGAAUUGGGAGGUACUGCAGUGUGGAAACAUCACUCACAUCUUGGUCAAAAGCUGACAUCUUUCUGAGAACUCAGUCACCAAAGUACCUGAAUAAAAUUUUAAAAAGGAUGCCUCAUCUACGUGUAUGUGCCUUGCCAUUUGAAAGGCAAGCAAUUGAAGCUCUGUCCACCUAUUGUCAGAACAUUACAAAGCUGGAGAUUAUUACCUGCUCUGAAGUUGACACCAUAACUCUGACAAACUUAGUGGAGCGAUGUCCCCUGAUUGAAGUCCUGAAAUUGCCUGUGAGCUUCAUGACAACUGAGUGCUUGGCAGAACUGAUCGCACAUUUGAAAUAUCUUCAGGCACUCAGUCUCCAUGUGGACAUCAGCAAUUGGUAUUCACAGCCUGUGGUCCUGCAGCCCUUAGCAAGAAACUGCAGCCGGCUUUGCAAGCUUAAUCUGUGGUGCUUCACCCUUUCUGACAUUGGAUAUUUAUUUAAAGCACAGCCACCUUUGGAAGAACUGUCCCUUCGCUGGACAACUGAAGAAAAGAGGUGUGUACUCCCAGACCUACUUGCCUGCUGGAAAUCGGUUAAAUUUCUUCAACUGCAAGAGUAUAAUGUGAGACACGAGGAGAGUUUUCAAGCAUUCCGUUCACUCGGGGAGCUCAGCAGACUGAAUUGGCUAGAGAUACAGUGUGUGAAAGAGUGCCCAGAAGGAGCUAUUGGGGAGGCAUUUAGGUAUGGAGGUCUUUCGCAACUGCAGCAUGUUGACUUGUCAAACAGCUGGGCAUUAGAUGAUAUUGGUCUAAUUUCCUUGAUUCAUGGAUGCCCACAAGUACGAUGGCUUCGGCUGUUUGGUUGUUAUGGGCUAACAGAUGAAGCAUUCAAGGACAUUUACAAACUUGUGCAUUUGAAAAGGUUGAAUAUCUCUCGAUGUGUGGGAUUAGGUUCAGCAGCCAUGUUUUUCAUUGCCCGUGUUCCAAAGCUGCGUACACUCUGGGUUGAGUACACAGACUUCAGGCGUUUACGUCCUGGAAUAAAAUGCAUAAUUGACCUACCAGAGUUGCGGCACCUCCACAUGGGAAUGACCACAAAUCUACAAUAUGUACCAUUUGAUUCCUUCCCAGAGAAUCUUUCAAAUCUCAAGUCACUGGAUGUACAAUGCUCGAAAUUUGAUGCUGCGGUAAUGGAAAAUUUGAAGAAACGGAUGCCAUCCCUAAAAGUUCAUGUUACUCAGUUCCAGUACCAAGACAUAAACAGUGCAGAUACAAGUGAUGAUGAAGUUUAGUACACACUAUUUUGGAGUUACAUUUUUUAAUCAUAUUUGUACUUCAUAGUGAUGUUUAGAGGGAAAUUGUACAUACUUUUAACUGUGAUUGAUAUAUCACUACUUCUGGUGCUGCAAGAUUAUUGUGCAAUUGUUUUGUAUCUAGUCAUUUGUUAUUCUGGAGUUCUCAUUUAGUUUGUAGUAUAUUUUAUGCUCUCAUGUAAGGCAGCGUUGGACAUUUUAGUUAUAAAUCAAACAGAUUCUGAUACAUAGUAUAUUUGUUUAUGAAAAAUCAGAAAUUAUUGCCACAGCUACAGUCCUGACACCUACGAGCAACUGAAGGCAGUACUGCACAAUCUGGGAUAUCAGUAAUUGCUGGGACUAUAAAUGUUGUGCAAAUUAGUAUUUUUCUCAUAUACCCUCUAUUUGCUGUGAGUUGAUGGAUGUCCACAUUAUAGUGGAAAUGUGCAGUCUGUGAGAACCAGUCCUUUUAUUUGACACUGUCAGGGAAGAAUGAUUAUUAAUUGACAGUGUAGGCUGAUGCCUGUAAUACACACAAUCCCAACCACAACCACAAACUGUGACUAAUUACUCAGAUAAGGGGCUGCAAGAAAAACUUCCACUUCCCCUGACAGUGAUCCGUUGGAUUCUAAAUCGCACAGCUAAGAACACUGUAAAGAUUUCGUACACCUAAAUGCCAUGGCCCAGAGGUUCCUAGCUUGUGAGCCAAUCAGAAACUAAUACAUUGCAUUACUCAUCAGUGUCAGAAUCUAACUUCUUUCCUUCAAAUAUCAAAUCAUUUGAGAGGAAUAACCUCCAUAUUUGUUGUGCUUGUUUUCCCUCUUUUCACAGUAUCACUGUUUUAAAACUUUCCUGUUUCAAUGGUAUGAAGAGGGAUAUAUGCAGUCAUUUGAAAUGUGUGCACAAAUAAUGGUGUAUGGCACAUUUUUCGGUUUCUAGGAAAUUGACAAAAACCGUUAUUUCCAGAAAAUUAUUGUAAAAUAAUAAUGUAAUUGCAGAUAUGUAUUGUGUGUGCAUACAAACUAUUGAAAAUACUUGGUUGUGCUUUUUAAAAUUGCAGUAAGCAUAGGUUUUAUGAAAAUAAGUGAAUAUUAAAAUGGAAAAACACAGUAUAGCAAUAGAUAUACAACAUUAUUCCAUAUCUGUCUUCUGCUGUAAUGAUAAGGUUGUCUUGAAUCCAAAGGUUGUAAGUAAGAAAAUUAUGACAAGAUACAAAAUAAUAUUUAUUGUAAACUGAUAACUUUGGUCUUAAAAAAAGUAAUAGAACAUUCCAGCCCAAGAUGCUGGCCAAAAGCUAUAUGCGAGUAUCUCUUAAUCGUGCCUGUCUGCAACUUGACAUGUCUUCUUUACAGUAAAUAGCAAUCUGUCUUUGC